UCCGAAAGUGGACAGCUAGCAUCUUUACUGCCGCAUUCUUCAGCGCCAUGCACUAACAACUACAUCCACCCGCACCACACGUCCACUGUUUGUAGCCGGAAGAAUGCGUGGGCAAGGGUCGAAAUGCUCACAUCAGGCUUCAAGUAUACGCCUGUCUCGCAGAUCCUAGUUUUCUGGGUUGUCGCGGCUUCUAUAGCGGCAAGCAUCUCGGACACAAAGCAUUACUUUUACCUCCAAGCGGUGCCUCAUAUAUGGAAAUGGCGACAGUUUUGGAGGCUUCUUACGUGGCAGACAUGUUACACCAACUCGACAGAGGUCUUGUUCGCCGCCAUCACGUUCUACAAUCUGCGCAUAAUUGAGAGGCUGUGGGGCAGUAGGAAGUUUGCAUCCUUCGUUCUGGUCAUUCUGCCUUAUACGCUACUCCUCCCACCUUUGAUCUUACUGUUCAUUCUGCGACCGCUCUCGUUCGGCAGUGUCAACUAUCUCCCUGCUGGCCCGACCCCUUUAAUUUUCGCUAUCCUCGCCCAGUUUCAUUCUGCAAUCCCAGCCACGUACCGUUACCGCGUCGGAAUGACUGCGAAUCCACAACCCACGCUCAGCUCCGCCUCCUCGCAGCUUAACUCCAUAUUAAACGGCACAAUUACGCUGAGUUCGAAGACGACCAGCUAUUUCAUCCCUGUGCAGUUGGCACUCUCGCAGUUUCCUAGCUCCCUGCUUCCGGCUGCUGUGGGUUGGGCAAUUGGUUACGCGUACCGCAAUGAAGCAAUUCCCGGUACGGCAUGGAGACUGCCGGCGUGGAUUGUGGGUCAGAGAAGUAAGGGCCCAAACAUGGAGGCCUUGCGAAGGAGACUGGAGGGUGAGGAUGCGGCCGAGGGACACGCGACGUCAAGACAGGCGGGGUCGGAUACGGACGAGGGAUUAAGAGGCAGAUUCUCGAGACUGUUUGGCGAGCAAUUUGUCGGUGGAAGGGCACAAUAAUCAUGAUCAUCGUCACGGAAGCUACCUGUAUGUAAGAUACAGAUAUGCGUGAAAGCGUGUGCGAUUUUUUUACAUGUCGGCUCUGCCAUGACUAGGUCAACUGUUUAAACAUGUGUACAUGUUUCGCUCAGUCAUCAAUUGAUCGAGUACAUAAGUCAUGGGUGAGAUGAACGCUUAAGCUCUCGAAGCGGCCAAGUUCUGUCUCUUGAUUCUGCAACAUGUGGAUGAACAUUGCUAGUAUCUGAUUGAUCCAUUCCACGCACCUAAAAUCAUGGGCAGAAGCUGGGGACCGCAACGGACAGAGCAAGUUACAAUGAUGCCUCAAGAUCGUCACCAGA